GAUGUUGAAAUGCUGGAUAUGACUGCAAGCAGUAGUGAUGAGGAAACAGUGGAUGGAAACGGCAAAGCAAAGCAUGAAAAACAGACAGAAGUGAAACGGAAUCGUCGUAUGUUUGAUAUCAGGGAUUCUAUCUGCAAAACUCCAAAGGGACGAGCAACUAUUCUUCGAAUGGAAGAAAACAGGAUGGCUUCUAAAGAAGAUAGGAAAGUCAUUGUUCCAGUCCUCGUCAGUUCUUUGAUGAAACACUUUGGUCCAAAUCCAUCUGCUCACAUCAAAAAUGAAAUGGCUCACCUAUUUGUGGAGGAAUUCCCUUUCUUAAAAGAUCCAAGUGGAGUUACUGGUCAUGAGGCCUGGUACAUCAAAGGAGAGAAACACAGACCUGCCAGUGGGUACUUUGAACUCCGUUUGCGAUAUGUCCGUUGGCAAAUGAAUAAGAGUGCAUCACCACAAAACAAUUGCAAGAAAAGGAUUGAACCAGCUCCAGUGAAGAAGCAGCAUCGGACUAGUGAGCAACACCACCCUGUCAAAAUGAUUUUAGAGGAAGAUGAGCAAGAGGCUAUAAAUUGGCUUCAUCAUAAUGAUGCACCACAAUCCAUGGUCUUGGAGAAGAUGAAGAAGACAGCACACGCAAGGUAUAAGUGGUUAAGACAGCUGCCUAGACCAAGCACAGCUGAAAUCUUUGAGAAAUAUCCCAGACUGCUGGACUCUGGUGUGGUAGAACAAGAUUUCAGCGAAACAGUAAACAAAUCAGCCGAUAGUCUUUUCUGCAAGUGGCCUGGAUUAGCACCACAGCUUGUCAUGUAUGUGAAGAAUGUCCAUCCUCAGUACAAAACCAGCUUAGACAUCAUAGACAUGGGUGGAAGUGGAGGGGGUGCAAGAGAGCAGCAGGAUCAAGAUGAUGCAGAAGCAACAGAAGAGCAUGGAGAUGUAAAGCUUUCGCAAAUGGAAACUGAAGCACUUGCUUUCGCUGUUUUACCAUUGGUACUCUGUGGACGGGCCAGGGGUAAGAAAGGGAAAUGUUCUGUCUUCGAGAGUGUCAAAUCAUUCAUUGAUGUCAAGCCUGAAGGGACUGACAUGGCAUUUUACCUUAAGUCAGUUGAUAGAGAGACACAUCCCCAACCCUUCCUGCUAGUUAUUGGAUCGCGCAUAAAUCCACUGCAAAUCUUCGUCAUCGUUGAAAGACAAGCUCUCCAGUUCAACACCAUGACUAAAGCAGUUGACUAUUGUUUUAAGCUCAUUUAUGUGUUGGACAUAGAGUACCAGCCUGCUUGUGGUACAACUUGGGAGUUCCUCCAGACAAACGUCUAUGGCAUUGCAGGGAAAUGUGGAGUUUCAACAUCAGUUAGGGAGUUAAGGACAUUCUUGUCGUGUCAGACAGGUAAUUAAUAAGGGAAGAAAAGUGUGCUGAAGAAAUUUUAAACUGAGUUGUUUAAACACAGUCAGGUCUUGUUCGUGUUAAUUGUUUGAUUGUUUAAUACUAAUAACAAUAAUGGUAAACCCUUAUAAUGCCCCGUAUCCGCCAUGACAGUCGCUCUCGGAGCAGUUUACAAUAAUUAUCCCCUGCUCACUGGGUCAUCAUAUCUUAAACCUUCUCAGCUCCCUGUGGAGUAUACAGCCCCGGCCACAGGAAUUGUAGUAAUGUAAGAAAAUUACAUUGCUUAAUUGACAUGGUGGAUAAGGUGGCAGAGGUUGCAAUAAUGUAACAAAACAAACCUGGAUUUAUUGAAAUGAAGAUUCGAUUGAUUCCAUGUCUUGAUGAAUUUGUGCAUUAAAACCACAGACCUCUCUCUGAUGAACUCUAAAAAUUACCAAUUCCUAUGAUGUGAAAAUACAUAUGUGUUUAUUGUUGUCUAGCAAAAAACUGUUAUUUUAACUAGAUUUUUUAAUGGACCUGAAGGUUUAAUGUUCAUGGGGGAUAAACAUCUAAUUAUUAUCCUUAAUGAUCAAGGGGGUUUCUAUCGAGAUAAACACUUUGCGGCUGGAAUAAUAAACAACACUGGCGUUUUCGACUUCAAAUCUAUUUCAGGAUAAGAUAUGUACUUUGAAUGCUAGAUAAUGUUGAUGUAAAUAUUUCCAUGAAUUUGAGUGUUAUUGGUUUUAUAAAGCUUGCAUAGAUCUUGUGGAAUCACCAUUUUACCUUAUGCAGUGUGUUAAUUAUAGUGCAGGUGUUUGAUGACUUGAAGACAAACAUUUUGUGAUAAAUUUCAAUCUUGAAAGUUGUUGAUUAUACAGUUCAAUGAAUUUCAUUGUCUUUGUUUGUUUAGCAUUUCCAUCAAUUUCAAUAUGAAAGAAUGCCUGUUUAUACACCAUUAUACAUGCAGUGUGAUAAGAAUGCUGUCUGACGCCUUGAGUACAAAGUGGUGAUGAAUUUCAGUGGUUCUGAUUUUGUGAAAUGUGUUGAAGAAAAUUACACUCUCACACAUGUGAAGUGACGUACAUGAAAACUGUGCUUUAAUUCGUGGCGAAGAAAAGGCUUCUAUAUUUGGGAAUAAAUAAAUAUUUCAAUGAUGAUUCAGUUUAAAUUUCUGUGUCACUGACUUCUGUGUUACAUAUUUGAGACUUUUCCCUUUUAGAUAACGUUUUGUACCACGUUUUUGUGCUUUUUAAAGCACAAAAACUUUGAACCCAGGUUAUUUGAACAACCCCAGUUAAUUAAACAACCAUCUUGAACAACCCCAGUUAAUUAAACAACCCCAGUUAAUUAAACAACCAUCUUGAACAACCCCAGUUAUUUUAAACAACCAUCUUGAACAACC